AUACAGCAAGAACAGAGGAUUGUAAUCCAAAUCACAGGGCUGAUGAUUCAAAGGUGUCAGCAGCUUCUUCCACAGGACACGUGCAAUCUGAUUGCACCUGGAUUGCAAUAGACAAUAAUUCUUUGGGAAGUGUCCAUUUCUGUGAUAUUACAUUUAGUAGAAUUUAUCCUGCUUUCAAAGUUUCUUGCGCUUUUUUGGAGGCACCCAAAAUCUAACCUUGGGAAAUGAAGAUGGUGGUCGUGAACCGUGGCUGCUGAGAGAGCAUGCGACCCUGAUCUGGUAGGAAGGGGACAGUCUGAUUGUACUCAGGCAGCAAGCAUGUCAGACAUGAGCAGUCUUCAUAAAAAUGGGUCUUCACCUCUUGUUCACCCUCCAAAACUGGGUGGAAGCUACCUCCCCAGCUGCACAGUAUUUGGUGGUGCUCAUGGAAUGCCCUCAUCAGGUGUCUUUUCCAAUCCCUUUGUGCCACGACCCCCACUGAAAACAGAUGUUGUCUCUACUGGAACAUUAGAUACAUCAAGGACAGAUUGUAUCAUAGCUCCAGGUCGAUUGAAUCCAUUUGGUGCAAAAUCAUGUGACAGUGAAUGUGAUAGUGGUGGAUUUCCAAAUAAAGAUUCAAACCCUUCAGCUCCUAAAUUCCAGCUGAGACCCUCUGUACUUAGACCACCAGAUUCCUCAGGCUCAAAAGGUUCAAUACUGAAGCCAGCAAAGUUGCCAGAUCCUCGAAAGACUUCAAACAAAGAUGUAGACAAAAACAUGCUAAAACAAGAUGCAAAUAAGAGCAAUCUAGGGGCUGCCUCCUCUGAUGCUGGGGAGGUAAAUUCAUCUGAAGACAGGGUUGAAGGGUCAGAUCUCAAUUCUUCUGAUUCAGGUGCAGAAAACUUUGCUGCAGAACUUAGCAAAAACAACAAAUUAAAGGACAGUGUAGCAUCCUCUGUCAUCAGCAGUUCUCAGAGUGGUUUUGUCUUUGGUCAGAACCUGUCACAGCGUGUCACAGGUGUUACAGAAGGAGCUGAAGGACCUUCUGGGGCAGCUGAAGCAUCAUCCACAACAUCAUCAUUGUUGGUCUUUGGAGAAAACUUGUCCAAUCGAGUGAUUCUCAGCAAUGGCACCAGUGCCAGCCAGGCUGAUGGUCAAGAGGAAAAUGUGGAUAAUGAAGCACAAGCUGCAGCAGCGCGAACUGGGCAGACACUUGAGGAGUCUGCUCGGGAAUAUCAGGCAAAGCGGGAUAAUAAGGUGGAUCUAAAGGAGGUCCAGGUCAUCACAGGAGAAGAAAAUGAGUCUAAUGUGCUUCAGGCAAAUGCCAAGCUCUUUGUGUUUGACAGUGAGACUCAGUCCUGGGUGGAGAGGGGUAGGGGUAUUGUACGCCUGAAUGAUAUGUCACCACACAAUUCACAUACCUUCCAGUCCAGAUUGGUAAUGAGAACUCAAGGAAGCCUGCGUGUGAUUCUCAAUGCCAAGAUCUGGUCAGGAAUGAAUGUCGAACGAGCUAGCACCAAAGCCAUUCGCAUUACAGCCACAGAUUCUGACCAGACAGUCAAAAUCUUUCUUAUUGUGACCAACCCAAAAGACUCGGAGAACCUGCUGCGUGCCAUAGAUUGGCGCAUUCAGCAGCGUAAAAUCCACGAAGAACACAGCAAACAAGCGUCACCAACACAGCAUGCAGAAAAGAGGAAGGCAGACCCUGACGCUGAAUCCCCUGUAAUGUGUAAAGCAAGAAAAGUGCACCACGAAGGAGUGACUGGAAUGUUACGCAAAGAGGAAUCGGAUAGCAGUGUACAAGAUCCAGAAACAGAAGCAUCCUGUGAAAGCCAUUCAUCUUCGUUGACAGUGAAGUCAGAAUCAGAUUGACAUUCCUACUACCAAGCAGCAAAGGUGCAGUUUCAUUUAUUGCAAAACAGCAGCGGUCUCUUUACCUUUGAUGCAGCACUAGGUGCGCUCUUGCAACGGGGACACCAGAAUCAUCAGCCUUUAUCAUUUGCCCUCCAGCCUGUCUUAUAUUCACAAGAGGAGUGAAAAAGGAAAAGAGCAACUGCAGGCUGAUGUCUUUUUCGCAUUUGGAAUAUGGGUAUAUAGGCCUACAGAAGUGUGUCAUCAUAGUUGAAGUUCCUAUUGAUUUAUUCUAUGACAGUUUCUGGACAGUGUUGACAUUUGUUACAUAUACUUCAUCUCACUGGCAAUAUUUCAUCUGCAGAAGCUAGGACUGCAAAAUGUAGCACACUAUGUUAGCAACAAGGCGAUCGUUAUCACCAACAAAAAGAAAAAAAAAAAAAAGAACCUACGUAUUAUCUACACUGGAAUGUGAGUGUGCUGCUUAUCAAGUGAUGAUGGCUGUUUGGAGUCGUGUGUUCUUCACUGGACAAGAUGAGGCAGAAAAUUUGCCAAGAGACAUCAUGAUAACUGCUCAUUCUGCUAUCACAUGCAAGUAAACAGUGGCAGCAGGGAUGAGACAGUUCUCAAAGACAGAAAAUAUAAACUUCAGCAUUGGUUACUAUGGUCACUUUACACCCACAGUGUGAGCCUCUUGUUGCCAUGCAGUUGGAAGAUGGUGUGCGAAAGCUGUCUAAACAGUCAAGUGUACUAGCAAUGGCUGUUGCAUCCUGGCAUUCAGUGUUUCAUCUCCUAUUUAGUCAGCUGGUGGACAAGCGUCUUCAGUACAAAAUGCCAUCUAACUGAUAGUAUUUUGCUAGAUGGUGCUUAGCUGAAGCUGUGGUUCAAUGAUAUGCCACUAUUUCUUUCUUUGUGUUGUAAUUUGCUAGCAAACAGUGACUGGUUUCAACACUGCUGAAAGACAGGUUCCCACCAGCACCAUAAAUAGGCACAAGUUUUAACGCUACACAUGCACUAAACUCCAAGUCAUAUAAACAGAAGUUACUUGUGAAAAGAAGGACAAUGAAGAGGUGAAAGUGCAAGAUAAUAUGUAGGACAAAUUAUUAGAUUUGCUGCUUUGUUUAAAUUACUAAAUUAAAUUCAAAACUGACAUUGCACCACAAGCCUUUAAAAUACAGGUGUGAACAGGCUGUAAUUUGUGUUCUUUACAAGUGCUUCUGUUGCCAAGUCAACAUGCAGAAGAGGAGGUGAAAAAAUUAACAGUAUUCCAGGUAUUUCUGAAAUAUGAAAACAAGAUACUCUUGUGUCAUAGGCAAUAUUAAAUUGUUCAGGCUUACAGAGGAAUUAAUAUGAUUUUUUUUAAAAGUCUUGCUGGUAGUAAUAAUUCACAUUUUUGCAGUACCCAUGUUACAGUCCAUAAGAGCUAAACAUACAGAAGUGUGUAAUAUGGUUUGGACCAGCAGAGGCUAGUGCACAUUAGGCUACUAGUUGGAUUGGCUGGUGUGUAGCAGUCGGUAAACAACUAAGAAACUUUCAGAGGUUGCUGGUAUGCAUUAUCUUUCCUAGCAAGCAUUUGGCCAUUGACCUGAAAUUGGCUGUAGCCCUUGACAGAUUUGUUUGAGUAGUCUCUGGGUGGCUGAGGAGACUCAAUGCUUUCUUUGUGUGUGGCAGAGUUUAGUCCUGCUAGUGCCACAUCCUUGAUAACAGGUGUACAAAGAAGGGCAACGUUGGUUUGUGUAGAAAGCGUGACAUAAUUGCUGCCAAAGGUAAAGGGUGAAGUGCCACUGAGCACUCUAUUUUCAAUAACAAUACGUGUACGUUGUACAUAAUCAUGAAAGGGCUGGUACAUUUUUUUCCCAUGUUUUAAAAACUUUUAUCAGAGGCCAACAUAAUGAGUAACCACAAAGUCGCUAAAGACUUUACGUUUAGGGUCAUACAAUUUGCAAAAGUUCAAACGUAGACUGUAUUCUAUUUUAAAGUCAUGCUACGGGUACUGCACAAAUGCAGAUCUGAAAUCAUUGAAACAAAAUUUUUAUAGAAUACGUGAAAUGAAAAUUUCCAUAUUGAAGCCACAUGGUUUCACAAUUUUUUCUGAAAUAGAUUCAGUGUGUAUACUACUACACAAAUAUAAAUCGAUGAUUACUUAAUAGAAAAAUGUUUCUGGAACUAAAUACUUGUUGCCUGAAAGUGCCUCUUUUCAUGUGAAACUUAGUUAUUAUGAUGCCAAUACAAUUGGCGAUUAGAUGUAAAAUGACUGCUCAGAAAUGGCUCACAAAACCUCUUGGGUCUUCAUUAAUCAGUUGUAGUCAAAGGGAAGUAACCAUAACGUGCCAUCUCAAUGAACAUCCUUCCUUGUUUGCAUCAGCUGGUUUUCCCAUACAUGAUGUUGCAUACCAUUGUCAACCAGAUUCCAGCAAGAUGUGAGUCGCUGUCCACUGCUGGUUUGGCAUAUAUGCAAUGUCUGUGUGGUAAUGUUACUAAAAAUGCUGGGAGCCUAAGCUGCUUGUCAGUGCAAGAAGACUUGCUAUUGCUGCACAGCAGGUUUUUGAACUAUUCAAAAGGGAUCAUCCUUGGGGAACUACUCUUCAAUUUAAGGGUCUUUGGACACACAUCAAUGCCUUUUAAAUAAAAGUGUAUAUUAGAUGUCAAUACGGUUGAAAGCAAAAGGUCUGUAUGGUAUUUUUAAUAAAAAAGAUGACAUGUCCAACUUCCAAAUUCAGUAACAGUUUUACAUAAAGGGUGUAGAGUCAAAUGUUUUAUGGGAUCUUGGCAAAGGCAACAAAGCAAAAUAUAUGUGCAACGAUUGUCAUUCAUUUUAACUGAAGUGUACUGACAGUUGCCAGAAUUGGUGAGCAGAUAAAAAUGGCUGUGUUCUUGAAGCCAACAAAACUUAAAACAUUUCUAUAUAUGAUAUGUUCUGAAUCUUCCUGUCUGUGUUCUUAGUUUAGUUCCCCUUCCCCACCUCACUCCCUAGUUCAUUCUCCCCUAAAUUAAAAAU